AUGAGGAGGCCAGGCAUUAGGUUUUCCUCCCUUCCGGAUGAGAGCCAGGACAGAAGUAGUACGGGAGUAGAUAAAUUGUUGGUAGUAGUUAGCGAAACCGACAAAUCUUUGGAUGGCCUUGGUACUUGUGGGGAGAGGCCAGUCUUGGAUUUCCGUGACCUUGGAAGUAACUAUAUCGAACCCCUCAUGAGAGAUAAUGUACCCCAGGAAUGGAAUCUUGGGAACCUGGAAAACACACUUCUCCAACUUGGCAAAAAGCGAGUUUCAUCUCAGACGAGAGAGCACCUCUUUCACCCGGGUUCACUAAAUACAUUUCUUCGUAAUGUGACCUUUACUACUUUUUCUGGGGACACUCACUCCUUCAACAAAUAUGGUGACCCACCAGGACGUUUUGACAUUAUAAAGUGGUAUUACCUUCCAAGGCAUCAUAUUGUUAGAACAAAAGUUGGAACAUUUAAUGCAUCAGAUCACAAGACACAAUUUUAUAUCAAUAGCAGCGCCGACUUGUGGGGCCCAUACUUUAAAAUGAUCCCUCCGUCUCUGUGCAAUGCACCUUGUGUCCCGGGAUAUAGAAAGUCUAAAAGAGAAGGGGCACCAUCUUGUUGUUAUGACUGCGUCCAAUGUGUAGAUGGAGAAAUGUCCAAUACAUCAGAUGCUCCAAAUUGUUUUAAAUGCACUGAUUAUCAAUUGUCCGACAUACAGAGAACUGGUUGUAUCCCCAAAAUGAUAAACUGCCUAUCCUAUGAGGACAUUCUGGGAUCUAGUUUAGCUUCCAUCGCCUUGAUGCUCUUCAUACAAACCUCUGCAGUACAGGCAAUUUUUGUGAAACAUUGGGACACUCCUAUUGUGAAAGCCAAUAACCAAACUCUCAGCUGUCUCCUCCUCAUCUCUCUCAUGUUGUGUUUCCUCUGCACUUUAUUAUUUAUUGGACAACCAACACAGAUAUGUUGUCUCCUCCGACAAGUAACAUUUGGGAUUGUAUUUACUACUUCUGUUUCUUCUGUGUUGGCUAAAACUCUCACAGUUGUUUUUGCCUUCAAUGCCACAAAGCCUGGGAGCAAAAUGAAGAGGUAUAUAGGAACCCAAACAUCCAUCCUAGUAGUCACUGUGUGCACUUUGGGUAACUUUGGAAUCUCUAUUGUGUGGAUGGCCUCUAACCCACCAUUCCUGGAAGCCGAUAUGUUUUCUGAGAAGGACACCAUUAUUUUAUUGUGCAAUGAAGGAUCAGUUGCUUUCUUCUUCUCUAUAAUUGGAUACAUUGGAGCUUUGGCUGUGCUGAGUUUGAUUGUUGCCUUUCUAGCCAAGGAUUUCCCUGACAGAUUUAAUGAGGCUAAAAACAUCACUUUCAGUAUGUUGGUGUUCUGUAGCGUGUGGGUGACAUUUGUCCCUGCAUACCUGAGCAGUAAGGGGAGUAGAAUGGUGGCAGUUGAGAUAUUUGCCAUCUUAUCCUCCAGUUCUGGAUUAUUAGGCUGUAUAUUGUUUCCCAAAUGUUUUAUAAUAUUUUUUAAACCUAAACUAAACACAAGAGAAACUGUUGUUCUAAUGAGGUAA